UUCUCUUUUGAACAAUAGCUUAUCGAAAGCAGGCAUUAUUUUCGCGGUGUUACUAGUCUAUUUCCAAGAGAUUUCGCUGCAUGUUGCUGGAGUUGAGACUUCUGAUUGCCAUUUAGUUCGAUUCCGUCUUACAACAAGAAACGUUCUACACACCUAUAUAGUGCAGUUAAAAGUUAUUGUUAUGAUCCAGUAGUUAUGAUUUACUGUGCUUCAUAUUGGAUAAUAAACCGACACAUUGUGAAACGAAUGGAAUCAUGGCAACUCUUCCGACUGACUCUAGGCAGCCACCAGAUGGACAUGAGUUUCCUGAUUUCAUAGAACUCCACAACGAAACAUUAAACGACAAAUAUUUCGAAGAGACUCCAUCAACUUCUUCAGAUUCCUCCUCGGAAGUUCCCGAAGAACCACAGGAAAGGGUUACAGUAAAUUUUCCGAAAACAAGUAAUCUUAUUCUCUGUCAGUCAGUUAGUGCCUCGAAUACUGAACUCCGAUCCAUAAUGUACGACUCAUCGGAUGAUUUAAAACAUGAGUCAAUUCCAGCUCCUGCUCCUCUUCACACACGAUCUCAAAGCUUGAUAGAUAUGUCAGCUCUAACAAAACAGAAAAACGCUAAAUGGAAUCAACUAUUCGAACAAAGAAGGAAGGGGCUGUCAAAACUCAAGGGACUCGUGAUACCCGAAUCUUCAGAACCGGAUGUCCUACCUUGCGUAGAUAUACCAGAAAUUAAGAGUCAGAACACCCAAUUAUCAAAAGCAGUGCCAAAAUUAUAUAGUAAUUUCAGUGUUACCGAGUCACCACCCAAAAAUAAUACCGAAUCUAUGAAACCUUCAAUCGGUAUACUUCCUUGGUCUUCGAAUUCAACCAGCAACCUUCCCAAAUAUUCUCCAGCUUUCAAGAGAAAAAGUCUGCAACUGUACCCAACGAGUAUUAGUAAGGAUGAGAACAGUGAGUGUAUAAUCAACCAGGAGUUUCCUAAAUAUUGUGAUAAACCUAGCUCAAAAGUAAGUAAAUCAAACGAGGAUGAUCUUAAUCCUCCAAAGUCUUUGGAAAGUAUUUCAUCUCCUACAAGAUCAGACUGCAGUUUUGAUUACGUCAGUUCCACGAGAAAGUAUGUCAAAGAUAGUAAUGAGUUGUUGCAAAAGUCUCAUCAUACAAAUAAAUUGGAAGAUGAAAGUGACAACGACUCUGCUGUUAGUUCAAGCCAGUCAAGUUACAACUCUAGAUAUUCUCCUCCUCCCUCACCAACUAGAUCAUGUGAAAUGAACCUUUUCGGUAAAAAACUAGAUGAUGACGAGAAGAAUAUUCAAAACCGUUUGUUGAAACCUUCAAGUGUCGAAGCUAUAAAUAGGAAAAAUAUAUUAGCUUCAGCAAAAUGUAGGAGUGGAAAAGACUUGAAAAUAGGAUCUCCCGUUAUAAGGAGGAAGCAAGAGGAAACCCCCGAAUGUACAGAAGAGAAAAUCGCUAAUGAAAUGAAAACCGAAUACAGGGUUUCGGAAAGUGCUUCUUCUGUUGCUGAUGAAACAAUUGAUGUAGAGAAAGAAACGGUUGCUUUGAAGGUGGUUGAAACAAAGAAGAUCGAAGAAACUGUUCCUGAACUCAGAACUGUUGGCGGUACAAAUAUUCCUUUGAAUUACACCGUUAACAGACACAUUGUACCCAUCAAUAGGAACGACUUGGAUUUUUCCAUAGGAAGAAAAUAUUACAGCAUUUUCUGUUGGGAAUUGGCCAUAGUAGAGUAG